AACGCCUUUUUCUUCUACGCCUACUCUUCUUCCUUUUUCCGGAUUUCUUCGUUUUUACAUUUCUCCUUUUUCUCACCUGCUUGCGUUUAUUUGGCAGCUCUAUUGCGAGUUUCGUUCUCUCUUUGUCACCUCUUGUUUUCGCACCUCCAACCAACACGUGUAGCGCAGAACCGGCAUACCGGGGUUCCCGCACCGAGUGGACCUGCGCUCUAACAUAUCAGUCCUUCUCCACCUUCACCACCCUUCUCCCCCCACCCCUCAAAGUCCUCUUGCCAAAAAUUAAGGGUUUCCGGUCGUGCGUAUUAUCUAAACCAUAUCUUUAAUCCAUCUCUUCCGCCCACCGCAACAGAAUGACAACACGUGCGCGCCCAUCGACAGCAGGGGCAUCGCUAUGGAUCUCAAUACGCGCCCGCGAGCGACCGGGAGCCUCGGCCCGGCUGGACCUGAGGCAGCGGGAUCAGAGGCUGGACGCCCCGGAAACAGCAGUCUCAAUUCGCCCUGGUGGCAACAGUGGCGGCAACAACACGCGCUCGUUUCGCUUUCUUUUGACACUGGCCCUGCGAAAGGCGCAGACGGCUGUGACUCUGGACAACGGCGGCCAUGUUGAGGAGGCAAUUCGCACCUACCGGGAGGCUAUCAGCAUGCUCGGCCUGGUGCUCAGCAGGACGAAUGAGGAGGACGGUCGCCAGCGGUUACUGCACUUUAGGCAGACAUAUCUGGACCGCGUUACGGUCCUGUCAUCGCUGAGACCGUCGGCAAAUGAUGCACAGGUGCAUCAGCAUGGAGAUCCUAGCGGCUUGGAGCUAAAUGUUGCCCCGCUACCACCUUCAGCAGGGGCCACAUACGCCACGUCGGGCUUUAGAUGGAGAAUCAACCCGUCUGGCAACCAGGGAUCUAUCAACAAAUGCGACAAGCCGACAACAACAACAAACAACAACAAGGAACUGCCAGAAGCUGCUGCAGGCGACAAUCCCAGCGCGCAGACUGUUGAUCGUCACGUUCAUAGCAUAAAUCAGGACACUGGCGACGAACAUCUACCGCCGCCGCCGCCCACACCAGCAAAGGACCCGCUGCCACUGAACCUGAAACACAGCCAACAUUCGCAGCAAUCCAUCGGUGGCCUCGCUGUCCUUGCCGGGAAGCGGCCAUCACAGUCCGGUCUUCCGCUGUUGCCAGCAGGAGGCGACGGAGCAUCUCGAUCGCGCAGCGACAGUGUCUCGUCGAUGGCAAGUGCGCGCCAAACAAGGUCGAUUUUGAAGAAAACCGAGGAUGGUGCAGCAGGGUCACAACCCGAUGAGCAGACUGGGCCUAAAACUGUAGGCAGUGAUCGUCCGCUCAAGGCAAAGCGUAGCACCAGCAUUGCUAGCGAUGCUGUCGACGAGAGUGCAGCAGUGACUGGGCGGGAUCGAAGCACAAGCAUCAAAGAGGCUGUUGUCAGCAGCACCAUCAACGAGGCUUCCGAGAAUGCUGCCAGUGGAGUUGACGAGCAGCGACAGGACAGGGACAAAGAAUCAGGAAAGGUCUCGCGCCGCCAGAGUAUCAAAAACCAGCGCAGUCUGCCGGCAAUGUUUGGCCUCGUUCGCUCAAAGUCUGACGACAAGCCGCUGCCCCCGGUGCCGCCGCUGCCCAGCAAUGAGUACCAGAGCCAACACCAGCCGAACGCACCUAAUCUAGGACGCCGCUUCCUCAGCGCAUUCCGCAGCAACUCGGGCAGCGAUAUCUCGGGCGCAGCCGCCGGCUCUGACACGCCGUUCGAUACCAACCAGAGCAGUGAUGGCAGGCCUAGUACCAGUGGCGAGCCUGCAGGUGGCGAGGUGGUAUCGCCUACUCAAUCAGAGCAGACAGUUGAGCCCAGACGCUCGCACUCGUCAUCCAUGGUCCGGCAGCUGGCGCCGUCAUCGACUACCCUGAACCAAAGCGAAUUCUCUCCUGAGACCCAGCCUCGCAGCACUGAAUUAGAGCCGCCUGUAGCGGCCCCGAUCAAGUCACCGAUUCGCGGGCUGACCAAGGAACAGAAGCGCCAGAGCGGAGCUGCCCACAAACUUGCUGGUUUGUUCAAGCGCAAGCAAUCUAUCCCUGACAUCCCUGCCGCUGCCCAAGCAAUAAAGUCGCCAGUCGAGGCACUGAAGUCACCCAACAUGCCUGCAUCGGCGUCGUCAUCGCACACGCUUGUACGCGACCGUCGCUUGUCAUCUUCUGCAUCAACACCGAAUCUGGCAGAAUUAGCUGCAGUUGGGCAAGACCAGCAGGCUAUGGCUGUGUAUGCAGCGACGGAGCGCGGCGACCUUCCGCCUAUGCCUGCGCCACCAGCUGCAUAUCCUGGACUAUCCACAACAAACUAUGGACAGCCGAUUUUGGGCGCAUGCACAGAUGACGAAAGAGACGAUGCUGGAUCACCUCGCAUCACACCCGCCAAUGCUAUCUCGCAUCUGUCAACGAUCCCUGAGCAGCAGGUCGAGCAGCAGCAGCAAAAGGUUCGGCACUUGCUGCGUAUCUCCACACGUAGCCAUGGUGAUUACGGACCUGACACAGUGGCCCAACGUAGCGACAGCAUCUCGUCCGAUACGCACCCGAUGAUUCCAGGUCGCAAAUCCAGUACAUCAGUGGGAACUGGCUCCCAGUCGAUCUCGCGUGGAGGCGUGCCGCUCUCGGCAGGUAUUAAUGCCAGCAGCACCCUGACUGCUUCGCCAAGCUCGCUUGCACGAUGCACGUUGUUUGAUGUCGAAGAGGACCAGCGGCAGGAAAUGUUUGAUCCGUCGUUUGGUACAUUCCAGACUGAUAUCGGGCCGCCACCGCCCAAGUCAAGCCCUCUCUCGUCCUUCUGGUUUAUCAACACACUGCACCGGUCCAUGGUUUCGACAGGUGCGCACCUAACGCCAAACAUGUAUAUUCCGCGGCGCCUGUGGUACCAGAGCGGGAUCCGGAUUGUCGCAAUCGAGACAAAGCUCAGCGUUGUUACACAGCUGACACAGAUAUUCUCGUCAAUUUCUCCGUUGCUGAACUUGCCAGACCUGGACUCUCUUUUUGACGCGCUGGCCGCGACCAUAACAGCGGUCCCUACCAGCAAUGCGGAACGAUGA